AUGACGGCUUCAACACACGUCGUCUUCCAGAACGGAAAGAUCUUUAGGUCAAACAAAGCACCUGCAGGUCAGCGUUCUGAAGCCAACUUUGCAGAAGCGCUGGUGAUUAAAGAUGGCAUCAUCACUUUUGUCGGUGACGCCUCCGCAUCUGAGGUGAAGUCCGCAAUCGACGCUGGCGCAGAGGUCCGCGAUGUAGGCGGCCACACUCUCCUCCCCGGCCUCGUUGACGGACACAUCCACUUGACGCAACUCGGCCAGGCGCUUCUCAAGCUGAGCCUCGCCCACUGCAAGACUCUCGAGGACAUCCGAACCACAAUCAGAGACCACGCCGCCGCCCACCCGGAAGCCGAACGCAUCUUCUGUAGCGGAUGGAUGCACUUCAUGACGCCCGAGGGGCCCCUCGCCUCCCUCCUCGACGACCUCGACCCCCGACCCAUCCUCAUCACCGCAAAAGACUUGCACUCGACGUGGUGUAACACCGCUGCUCUCAAGGACCUGGAUCUCGAGAACGAGCCCGACCCGCCCGGGGGCGAGAUUGUUCGCGAUCCGAAGACGGGUAAACCUAGCGGUCUGCUAUCCGAGGCGGCGAGCAUGAAGUUCAUCCCCCUCUACAUGGCCCGCACCUCGACUCUCCAGGAUCGCAUCGCCGCCAUCGAGACGGCCAUCAACGACUACACGGCCGCGGGCUUCACCGGUCUCAUCGACAUGGCCAUGGAAGAAGACGGCUGGACGGCGCUGCAGGAGUACCGCAAGCAGGAAAAGGCAGCGGGCCGCCCGUUCCCCAUCCGCUUCGCGGCCUACUGGAUGAUCCUCCCCAAGGACGACGACGCCGAGAACAUUAAGCAGGUCGAGCGCGCCGCGGAGCUGGCCCGCGAGUUCAACCUCGAGACGGACCCGGACUGCCGCCUUGUCGGCAUCAAGCUCGUCUGCGACGGCAUCAUUGACGGCUGCACGGCGAGUUUGAAGGAACCCUACAGCCACAACGGCGACAACUGCGACCCCGUCUGGUCGCAGCGGUACAUGGCACCCGUGGUACAAGCAGCCACCAAACAUGGGUUGCAGGUCGCGCUCCACGCCAUCGGCGACCGCACCGUCGCGGACGCGAUCGACGUGCUGGAGGCGCACGUCGGACCGAAACACCGCCCGCGCAUCGAGCACCUCGAAGUCACAACCGCCGAGGACGCGAAGCGCCUAGGAAGACUCGGCAUCACGGCCUCCGUGCAGCCCGUCCACUCGGACCCAGCGAUCCUCCGGGCCUGGCCGACGCUGAUCGGGGAACACCGGUGCGGGCGGGCGUUUGCGUACAGCGAUUUCGCUGACGGGGGCGCGCACGUGGCGAUUGGGUCGGAUGCGCCGACGGCGCCGCAUCAUGUGAUUGAUAACUUGUACAUUGCCACAACGCGGCGGUCUGCGCGGGAGCCGGAGCUGGAGACGGUUGUGAAUCCGCAGUUUGCGCUGUCGUUGUGUGACGUGUUGGCGGGCGCGACGGAGGGGGCGGCGAGGAGCUGUUUCUUGGAGGAUCGGGUUGGUUCACUCGAGGUUGGGAAGAAGGCCGAUUUGACUAUUUUCGAUCUUGAUUGGGAUCCGAGCAAGGCGUUGCAGGCGAAGACGUUGGAGACUUGGUUUGAGGGGAAGCAGGUGUUUUCUGGUAGGAAGUAG